AUGUUGGUUCACAAAUGCGCCGCCUACCACAGGCUCGUAUCCGAAAGCGACAGCUCGAGGUCAAUCUUCGUCUCCCUCCGCCCGGAUAGCGCCAUUCCAGUGCGCAGAAUAAGCGAUUUAGUACCUCUCGAAGAAUCAGCACAGCCUGCGUUUAAAAUCAUGCGCAGAGUUCCGCAGGACCGUCAUGCGCGCCAGACGUCCCAGGCAGGCUCUGUGACAGGCGAAGACGGUGAUGUCUCGGAUAGCGCUGAGCCUUCUGAGGCAGGCAGCAGCGCAGGGCGCAGCAACACAGCAGGC